AUGGAUUGCACCAUGCCCUACAGUUUCUGGCUGCAGGAUUCAGAACUAUACCCACACGUCAAGGCAUCAAUAAUGGAGCACCUGCAAACAACUAGCACCGAUUAUGGACAGUUGAUUGCUCAACCUCACCAACACUUCCUGCAUUCUGUACCAGAGAAUUCUCCUUGCGAGUCUAUACCCAUUUUUCACCAGCAUCACAUUGCAUGUGACGGAAACUCAACAAUCGAGGGCCAAACAGUGGGUCCGAUCCCGAUAGUCCAGGGCGACCUUCAAAGUCACGUUGCUGGACAGCAUCUACGCCACGUUUCUUCCAACUAUUCGCCUGCCCACAACAUGAGCUUUGCUGACACAAACCUUGCCGACCCAUGGUCACCCAUGCAAGGGUUCCAGCAUGACCAACGCAAUCAAUUGCAAAAAGAGGUAUACCCUCAAUAUGUGGUCAAUGGUGAUAAGUCAGAAUCGCACAUCGGUCCUACGUUUGUGUGCCAGUGGAAUGCUGGUCGUGGCAUAUGCGGGAGAACCAUAAAUGGAGCUAGGAUCGGUGAACAUAUGUCUUCAUACCAUUUCAAGUCACCUUUGCCCGCCGACGAGCGUUUAGAAUGUCUAUGGAAGGACUGUGAACUCCGGAAGCCUGUGCGCCGAGAUACAAUCACCCGCCACAUCCUGGAGAAACAUCUCGGACUCAGGUAUCGAUGCAAGCUCUGGGUAGCCUCUCCUGCUGGGGCCGGUUUUUGUCAAUCCCGGAAAAAUACACGCCUGCGUUAA